AUGUCUUCCCAAGUAGCAGAGGGCAUAAACGCGCGUAUCGAUAUUGACACUGCAUCCAACACUGGGAAAAUGAACACGACCAAAGAUUUCGACGAAAAGGAAUAUUUGAAUCAUGGAGGUGAUGACGACACCUUGAAUAAGUCCGUAAUAAAUGUCGAAAAACAUUUGAAGAAGCUUCACGUUGACCAUAGGCCAUUGUUAGACAAUAAACUAACUCCAUUUUUACCCGAUCAACUCUCCGAGAUUACGAGCGAAUCGGACACUGAGUCGGAUACUGAUAGCACAAAUUUGUUGGAAGACCUUUCACCUAGAGCCGCAGAUGAGCCAUCAUUCUCAAGGCCAUCUUCUUGUAUUUUUGUCGCUAGUUUGGCCGCCAGUUUGACAGACUCGGAACUCAACGCGUCUGUGACCAAAGAGUUCAAUAAAUACGGCAAAAUCAUAUCGGUAAAAGUGCUACGUGACCCAGCAAACAGACCAUAUGCCUUUGUGCAAUAUGCAUCAGACGAAGAUGCUUUGAACGCUUUGUCUCAAGCUCAGGGAACAACUUUGAAUGACAGGAACAUUCGUUGUGAAAGAGCUAAAGUAAACCGUACUGUCUUUAUAUCUUCCAGCUUCACUAACCCUCUAGAGAGCAAGUUAACCGCUGAAAAUGUGAUAGAAUUGAUGAGUAAGUUUGGCGAGUUGGAACAGGUAGUCCCUAGCAGAGAUCAAAUGUACAAAAAAAACUACUACCCUCUAGAAGUUGCCAGUUCGUGGUUUGUCCAAUAUGCUUACCGUGAUGACGCUAUCAGAGCUUAUUUGCAAAUGAAGCUGAACUAUGACUACAUGGUGGAAUGGGCGCAGAACGUAGAGGUCCCUCCAAGGUUCAAUCUUCUUCUUUCAAAAGCUAAGAUUGGCGAAUUGGAAAGACUUGAAAGAGAAAGGCUUGGUAAACAGCCAAUUUUUAUUGAUAACAAGUCCAUCUUCAUUGGCCAAUUGAAUUUCAAAGUCACUAAACCGCUCCUAUUGGAAAGAUUUUCUAAAUAUGGAGAAAUCGAGACAUGCAACUUGAUUCAUAAGCAGGAACAAGGCAAGUGCUUUGCGUUUAUCAAAUACAAAGUCGCAGCUUCCGCGGCUACUGCAUUGGAAAGGGAAAACCACUCUGUUUUCAUGGAUAAGAUUUUGCAUGUUCAAAUAAGAGAAGUUUCCAACUCUAGGAGAGGUUCGGUGGAUUCUAGUAAAUCUUUCCAAGGCCCACAGCUAAACUUAGCACCUCCUCCAUUGAACAUCGGCAGAAGAGCCAGCACUGGAUCUUUCAACAAGAUAAUGUAUCCAUUACCAGCCCACUUACAAUCUAAUAUUCCAUCACCAUAUGUUUACGCAUCGAUGCAAGAGCCUAGAAGAAACACUAUAAAUGCAGGGUCACCAACGUAUCGCACUACUCCACCGAACUUUAAUCAUGGUGGGGAUCCACAAAGUUAUUAUAAUGAACGUAAUCACCAUAGUCACCAUUAUUAUGGUUCCAAAAACAAGACAUACGCAACAAAGGCAGGUAAUGACGUUGACGAAGAGCGCACAGCUCCUGAAGGGGGCAUGUACUCUCGUAAAAACCAGUUUGAUAAAAAAAUCUCUAAUGACAACGAACAAAACACCAUCGAAGAAGAAGAGGACAACGACUAUGAAAAUGAUGAAGAGCGCGAAGCUGAUGAAACACCUUUCUUAGAACAUGAGUCCAAUUCUUCUUACACCACAUUCAGUGCAGGCACUGGGACCUUUCCCAAACAUAACAAUAGUAACAAUACUAACUAUGGUAAGUACCAUGGUCAUAAGUGGCGUAGAAACAUUGAUGGUUUAAGAUUGAAUAGGAUGGAUCCUAACUUUUAUUACGGACCUCCAUUGUACUAUUCUAUGGAAUAUUGUCCACCAUCUGGCGGUCCUGUCGUCCCUCCACCUUCACAUAUAAUGCAGGCUCCAGGAACUCACUUGACAGGGCACGGACCACCAUCACAGCAUUCUCCUUUCUUCUAUUACUUUCCAAUGCCUCCUCCAACACCCACAUUCACCAACCCUUUCCCACACGAUCACUCAGGAGGAUUCAAUUACAUGGAUAAGCCAGCCCCUACUCAUGAUAAAGAAGAGUUAGAGUAUUGA